UCCCAAGAACAACAUAUUUUUUCCACAACCUAUGUGUAAUAUCAUUGGGCAACAAAAAUAAAUAAAUCCAUAUGCAUUAGAAGGCGUCCCUAAUACCCAGAGACUUCAAGUGGAAAAAAAAGUUGGGUCCCUGAGCCAGAGACUAUCUAAACCCAAGCAGAGAGAGAAGGGGUUUCUUUAACUUCUCCCUGACUUUCAGUUGUUUUGGGGGCUUGAGUUUGCCCCUGGAUAGAAGUCUGUAAGGCUCAGCUGGAAUACUUUUCUACACUGUUAUAAAGGCCGUGCAGAAAAGUGUUGGAAUUCCCUCACGGCAGACCUGGAAGAUGGCCCUUCAACGCACAUCCCCUAGGCCAGGGUGUUCAGUGGGCCCUUGAGUCCUGGGGCGGGUAGAACCAGACAUUUAAUCAUUGGUAAGAGGGUGUAAUAGAAUAUCCAGGGGCUGGGAGGCAAGGUAUCUUUCUCUUUCCCAAGAGGUUUGUAUUUUACCGUAGCAUUUAGCAAAUAUAUGCCAGGCACUGUUCUCGGUGCUAGAGACACAAGAUCGAACAUAAUCGUGCUGGCUUCCACCAGGAGGGAGCUUGGAGGCCAGUGGAGAGCAAUAGGAUGCAGAGAUUAAGACCACAAGCUUUGAACUCAGGCCGAGGCUAAAUCUUGGAUAGUUAGAGCAUUCUUUUUCUGUAAAACAGAAAUUAUAAUACCUCCUUCACAGGGCUGGGAUAAAGAUAACAUGAGAAGAGGAAAAGGAAGAAGAUGGUGCUCACCAGCUUUUUACCUGCACCUACUCAGCUAUCUCAGGACCAACUUGAGGCUGAAGAAAAGGCAAGAUCCCAGAGAUCACGACAGACCUCACUGGUCUCCUCCCAAAGAGAACCUCCCCCAUGCGGGUACCGGAAAGGGGGGAUACCUCAGUUAUUAGAGGAUUUUGGAGAUGGAGGUGCUUUUCCAGCAAUCCACGUGGCCCAGUAUCCCCUGAAUCUGGGACAAGAGAAAAAAAUGUCAAAUGCACUGGCCAUUCAGGUGGAUGCUGAAGGAAAAAUUAAGUAUGAUGCAAUUGUUCGACAGGGACAGUCAAAAGACAAGGUCAUUUAUAGCAAGUACACUGACAUGGUUCCCAAAGAAGUCAUGAACGCAGAGGACCCAGACCUGCAAAGACCUGAUGAAGAAGCCAUUAAAGAGAAAACAGAAAAGACAAGGGUAACCUUAGAAAAAUCCGUUAGCCAGAAGGUUGCUGCGGCCAUGCCAGUCCAAGCAGCUGCUGAUAAACUGGCUCCUGCUCAGUAUAUGCGAUACACACCAGCUCAACAAGGAGUGGCUUUCAACUCUGGAGCUAAACAGAGAGUUAUUCGAAUGGUGGAAAUGCAGAAAGAUCCAAUGGAGCCUCCAAGGUUCAAGAUUCAUAAGAAAAUUCCCCGGGGACCACCUUCUCCUCCUGCACCUGUCAUGCAUUCUCCUAGCCGAAAGAUGACCGUGAAGGAACAACAAGAGUGGAAGAUUCCUCCCUGUAUUUCAAACUGGAAAAAUGCAAAGGGUUAUACAGUUCCAUUAGACAAACGUCUGGCGGCUGAUGGAAGAGGACUGCAGACAGUUCACGUCAAUGAAAAUUUUGCAAAACUGGCCGAAACCCUGUAUAUUGCUGAUCGGAAGGCUGGUGAAGCUGUGGAAAUGCGUGCUCAAGAGGAAAGAGAGAGAAAGAUGGCUCAAAAAGAAAAGGAGAAACAUGAAGAGAAACUUAGAGAAAUGGCCCAGAAAGCCAGGGAGAGAAGAGCUGGGAUCAAAACCCAUGUGGAAAAAGAGGAUGGGGAGGCACGUGAGAGGGAUGAAAUCCGGCAUGACAGGCGAAAAGAGAGACGGCAUGACCGGAAUCUUUCCAGGGCAGCUCCAGAUAAGAGGUUGAAACUGCAGAGAAAUGAAAAUCGAGAUAUCAGUGAAGUCAUUGUUCUUGGUGUGCCCAAUCCUUGGACUUCCAGUGAAGUUCAGUAUGACCAAAGGCUCUUCAACCAAUCCAAGGGUAUGGACAGUGGUUUUGCAGGUGGAGAAGAUGAAAUUUACAAUGUUUAUGAUCAAGCCUGGAGAGGUGGUAAAGAUAUGGCCCAGAAUAUUUACAGGCCCAGUAAAAAUCUGGACAAGGACAUGUAUAAUGUUGACCUAGAAACCAGAAUGAAGACUAAAGAUUUGUUCCCAAUAAGGAGUUUUCUGGUUCAAACCGUAGACAAAGAGCCUGAGAAGGACCAGUUCAGUUUGAGGAGGAUCCUUUUGGUUUGGACAAAUUUUUGGAAGAAGCCAAACAGCACGGUGGCUCUAAAAGGCCCUCAGAUAGCAGCCGCCCCAAGGAACACUAGCAUGAAGGCAAGAAGAGGAGAAAGGAGUAGAUACUUUCUUCAGAGUGAAUGAACUAUUAUUCAUAGCCCUAAUGAUGCAGGUCAUA